GGGCGUCACGUGAGCUACAGCGGCCACGUGAGCACAUUCUUUCCCGGGCUCCGGCAACAUAGUUUUCUCUCCAAGUCAACAUUCUCGCGUCCCGGUCUUCCCCCGACCCAAUGGAAGAGGAAGAUGAGGAAGCGCGGGCACUGCUGGAAGGCGGCCCCAAUGAGGCUGGCAGAGGUGCCCCUGCCGUCUCGGCUGUCCCCGGAGCGCUGCCGGCCCUUUGCGACCCUAGUCGCCUGGCGCACCGGCUUUUGGUGCUUUUGCUGAUGUGCUUCCUAGGCUUCGGCAGCUAUUUUUGCUAUGAUAAUCCUGCUGCCCUUCAGACUCAGGUUAAAAGGGAUAUGCACGUGAAUACGACGAAAUUCAUGCUGCUGUAUGCCUGGUAUUCUUGGCCCAAUGUAGUUUUGUGUUUUUUUGGUGGCUUUUUGAUAGACCGAGUAUUUGGAAUACGAUGGGGCACCAUUAUUUUUAGCUGCUUUGUUUGCAUUGGACAGGUGAUUUUUGCUCUGGGUGGAAUAUUUAAUGCUUUUUGGCUGAUGGAAUUUGGAAGGUUUGUGUUUGGGAUUGGUGGGGAGUCCUUAGCAGUUGCCCAGAAUACAUAUGCUGUGAGUUGGUUUAAAGGCAAAGAAUUAAACUUGGUAUUUGGACUCCAACUUAGCAUGGCUAGAAUUGGAAGUACGGUAAACAUGAAUCUCAUGGGAUGGCUGUAUUCUAAGGUUGAAGCUUCGUUGGGUUCUGCUGGUCACACAACCCUUGGGGUCACACUUAUGAUUGGGGGUAUAACAUGUAUUCUUUCACUAAUCUGUGCCUUGGUUCUCGCUUACUUGGAUCAGAGAGCAGAGAGAAUCCUUCAUAAAGCACAAGGAAAAACAGGUGAAGUUAUUAAGUUAACUGAUGUAAAGGACUUUUCCUUACCCCUGUGGCUGAUAUUUAUCAUCUGCGUCUGUUACUAUGUGGCAGUGUUCCCUUUUAUCGGACUCGGGAAAGUUUUCUUUAUAGAAAAAUUUGGAUUUUCUUCCCAGGCAGCAAGUGCUAUUAACAGUGUUGUAUAUGUCAUAUCAGCUCCCAUGUCCCCGAUAUUUGGGCUCCUGGUGGAUAAAACAGGAAAGAACAUCAUCUGGGUUCUUUGUGCUGUGGUGACCACUCUUGCUGCCCAUGUCAUGCUGGCCUUCACGCUGUGGAACCCUUGGAUUGCUAUGUGUCUGCUGGGACUCUCCUAUUCGUUGCUUGCCUGUGCAUUGUGGCCAAUGGUGGCGUUCGUGGUUCCUGAACAUCAACUGGGAACUGCAUAUGGAAUCAUUGGGAAGAAGUACAUGUUUUUUAAGGACCCUGUGUUUUUUUCACUUCCAGUGUCACUUUUAUCUGUGGUCUUACUUUAUGUGGUGAAUCGUGCCCAAGGGGGGAACCUAAAUUAUUCUGCAAGACAAAGGGAAGAAAUAAAACUUUCUCAUGCUGAGUAA